CUUCACUGUUUUGAAUGUGUUGGAUUAACUGUCUUAGUUUGGUGGAAUUAAUGACAAAGUGAGCGCGUAUUCACGCCGGACACCCCUGUCAUUACUGGCUACUUGUACUGACACUUCCUUGUUCAAAACUUUUAUUAGGGGAAAGCUCGGGGAAACCGGUUUGGGCUUUUAGACGCUGUUUUGUUCUCAUAUCUUCGGAACAUGUACGAUUUAUGCCACAAAUAUGCACAAGUAGCGUGUCAUUCUCGCAGCUCGCCCAUGGCUGGAAGUGUUAGCGGCUGGCUAACGCUGCACUGAGCGCUUCACAAAGAGGAAGAUGUCCACGGCUAACGUGAGCGAAGACGUCCGGGCGCAGUUCCCGCUGCACUCGGCGGUGUGGGAGAACGACUACCGGAGACUGAAGCAGCUGCUGGCCGUAGCAACGAAUGACAUCGAGGCCGUGGAUCCCAGAGGUCGGACCCCUCUGCACUUGGCUGUUUCGCUGGGCCACCUGGAGUCUGUGAGGGUCCUGCUGAGACGCGGCGCUCAGGUGACGAAGGAGAACGCCCACAACUGGACAGUGCUGCAGGAGGCGGUGAGUACCGGGGAUCCAGAGAUGGUCCAGUUGGUGCUUCAACGCAGAGAUUACCUCAAAGCCUCCGCGGCUCUGGAAGGGGUUCCCGAGCUGCUGUCCAAGAUUCGAGAGUCUCCAGACUUUUAUAUGGAAAUGAAGUGGGAAUUCACCAGUUGGAUCCCUCUUGUGUCCCGGGUUUGUCCAAGUGAUGUUUGUCGCAUUUGGAAACGCGGCGCCAACCUGCGAGUGGAUGUCACGCUUCUUGGCUUUGAAAACAGGACCUGGAUCAGAGGUCGAAGGAGCUACAUCUUUAAAGGCGAUGGUUCCCAUGCGGAGUUAAUAGAGGUGAACCAUGAUGAUCAAGUAGUGGACACUGAACGCUUCAACAUAUCCCAAGAAAUGGAGGAUGUCACACUAGAGUCAAUGCAGCCAGCUGAACAGGAAGUUGCCAAAAGGUUGACUACACCAGUUGUUAACACUUACCUGGACACCAAGGAUAUUGCAUUUGAGAGGGCCAAGUCUGGGUUAUGGGGCUGGAGAACUGACAAAACUGAAGCAGUAAAUGGAUUUGAAGCCAAGGUUUUCAGUGUUAACAAUGUAAAUGUAGUAAUCAGGACAAGGACAGAGCACCUUACAGACGAGGAGAAAACAAAGAUUAAACGUGAAAGAAACAUCCUGGAGUCUCUGUUGGGGACUGUGGAGCAGCACAUAAGUACACAAGGGGAUCUUACUCUUGAAUAUGCAACUGCCACCAACCCCACUGCCAUCACUCCAGAGGAAUACUUUGAUCCCAACUUUGAGCUUGGGGACAGAGACAUUGGACGACCCAUUGAACUAAGCAUCCGAACGCAGAAAUUCAAAGGUACCUUGUGGAUGAGUGAGGAACAUCCCCUUUCCCUGGUGGAGCAGGUGACUCCCAUUAUUGACCUCAUGGCCAGAACCAGUUCCCAUUUUGCACGACUACGAAACUUUGUGACCCUCAAGUUUCCCCCCGGAUUUCCUGUUAAAAUAGAGAUUCCACUGUUUCACGUGCUGAACGCCAAAAUUACCUUUGGGAGUGUAAAUAAAUGCAGUACUGAAGAGGAGGCGGACCCGACACCAGCAGCAACGCCGACAUCCUCAGGAGACGACGAGGAAGCUGCAGGGCUGGCUCCGUUUCAGGUGUCUCCCUCAGUGUUUGAGGUGCCCGACGGCUACCACCGCCGAGGAGGCAGCCGCCACACGCCCGCCGCCACCAACGACGAGGCGCUGUUGCAGUAUGCCAUCCAGCAGAGCCUCCUGGAGUCUCGCAGAGCCCCGGGCCAGGAACAGAACUGGGAUGGUGCUGAUGGACAGUUCACCGAUGUGAUACACAGCAGCCAGAGUGACCGGAGCAUCCCAGAGGGGGCGCUAGUGGAAUAUGAAGACACUUCCAGUCCUUCCAGCUCUGCCUCUGUCUCAAGCCCCGACUCUGACCUCCGCCUGGCCAUGGAGCUCUCUGCGCGAGCUCAGGAAGAAGAGGACACGUUGAGGAAGCAGGAGGAAGAGGAGCUGGAGAGGAUAUUGCAGCUAUCGCUCACCGAGAAGUAAACCGGAAAAAAGCGGGAAUAAUAGAACUUUUCUAGUUCCAGAAGCAACCAACACACCUCAACUGUCCUUCCCGACCACAGCUGUCUAUGCAACUGCAGAUUUCUUUCUGUAACACCUCAUUCUUGUACAGGCAAUGUCAAACUCUUGGUACCUGGUAUUUUUGAAUAUUUGGUAAGAACAUACUCCUUUUUAUAUAUUUCUAUCUCGGUAUAGUACGUUUCCAUCUAUAUGCUCGGUACUUGGACUCAUUUUCAGAUGGGAUUUUAUCUUCUUUUAUUUUUCAAUUUCAGAAUCACAGUAGCAACCCGUGGGUGUAGAUCUUAUCAGUGUCUUGAAUGUGGUCAAACCAGUGUAAUUUUUUUCUAUGGACAAACAUAUUUGCCUGCUUGAGGGAACGUCAUAGCAGUGACACUCAAAUAUGGCAUUUGCAGUCCAGAAUUUAAAUUUUCUAAGUAGCUGUCACCUCUGAUGUGUUAGAAUGGAGCAGACUGGACGAAACUGACAUAUUUUACUUGUCGUCACUGUGUGAGGGACCAUAGACCCACUGAACAAUGGAAGUCUCAGGGUUCCAGUUUUACACCUUUUUUCUUUGAUUUAAAGUUUUCUAAUUGUUUGGGAAAUUACAGCAUGGUUAAUUUUUUUCUGUUCACAGCCAACAUGCAUAUCAACCAAUUCCCUAGCAAUAGUAAGUCUAAGUUGGCUCCAUAAAGUGAGAAGGUUUAUAGAAGGUACGUCCCAGUGCAGACUAGUAAACAAAAAGAACGAUGCUGUGAAGGAAACGUCGGUGCAGCUGUGUAGGGAUAAUGUUAUUUUUUUUUUUAAAUUCAUUAAUUUUUGGAGGUUCCCUUGGUCACUGAAGAGCAUCAUGAGCUCUGUUCAGAAAUGCAAUAGCAGAGACCAGUCUAUCUGUGGAUUUAGCGCCACGUUCUAAGUGCAGUCUGCCUCUCGCCGCCACGAAUGAUUCUGGACCCUCGGCGACAAAGAAGAGCGCGCAGACGCCGAGCUCGAGCAUGCCCGCCACGCGUAGGGUUAGUUCUUAGCAUGUGCCAACGGGCCGCGUUCCUCUGAACAUGCUUGAUGGAGGCGAGGCCUGACGCCGCUCACAAAAAAAAGUUAUUUACAAUUUUGCCAUUUAAAAACCAAAUGAAGUUUCCGCUGUAACUGGGUGAUGCAGUGUGACGCGCAUUAACCACUCUAGUUGAUUUCACUGACAACCAACCACUUAAAGGGUGUCGCUGUGUCUGACCUUACGGAGCUUCAGCAGAACAACUACUAAUUGUAAGGAGUUGCCAAACUACUGAACAGGCUUUGGUUAACUGAAUGCAGAUCUUUGUAGUGGACUAUUCAAGCUGCAACUGUUUUUAUAUGUGUUAACAUUUUAAGAAAACCUGUCUGUAUAAAAAUGUUUCUAAAAUAAAAGCACUUUAUUCUCUGA